AUGGCGAGCAGCUGGCGGCGGGGCGUAUGGCAGUGGCUGUCGCCACCACUGCGUGUAGGUGGCCUGGCUGCCCAACCUGGUGGGGUGGGUCUGCCCCUGUUGUGCAAGUCCCGGCUUCCAGCCUAUCAUCUGUACUGGGGGAACGCUGCUGCGGCACGUAGCGCUGCCAGCGACCGUGACCGUUUGUACAAAUUUAAUGGACCCAUUCCGAGUGACGCGCUUCAGAUUCAAUUUGCUCGCAGCAGUGGACCUGGCGGGCAAAACGUCAAUAAAGUCAACACCAAGGCCGAUGUGCGUUUCCAUGUGGCCAGCGCCGAAUGGCUUCCAACCGAGGUCCGCGAAAAGCUGCAGGAACAGCAGCAAAGUCGUAUCAACAAGAACGGCGAACUGGUCGUUGCCGUGUCGGACACGCGCAGUCAGAAAAAGAACCUGCAAUUGGCCAUGCAGCGUAUUCUAGACAUGUGCCGGGAAGCAUCGGCCAUUGAGCGCGAGACUUCUGCGGAGACCAAACAACGCAUCAAGAAGCUGUAUGUCAUUGCCAUGACCAGUGCCGUUCCCGUCUGCGGACCAUACACACGCACGCACGCACAUUCACAAAGUCCUAUCUUGUGGCCUCUCGCGCGACCACCUGACAGCCAAGCUCGGGAGGACAAGCGUCGGCUGGAGAACAAGAAAAAGCAUGCGCAAAAGAAAGCUGAUCGCCGUCGCCUCGAUUGA